AUGGCACAAAGAGAUGAUCAGCUCAGCCAGGGAAAGCUCUGCUGUUCCAUCUGUCUGGAUCUACUGAAGGAUCCAGUGACGAUUCCCUGUGGACACAGCUACUGUAUGAGCUGUAUUCAAAGUCACUGGGAUGAAGAGGAUCAGAAGGAAUCUUCCAGCUGUCCUCAGUGCAGACAGACCUUUGGAUCGAGGCCUGUCCUGGUGAAAAACACCAUGUUGGCCGACUUAGCGGAGGAAGUGAAGAAGACUGGACUCCAACCGGCUCCAGCGGAUCACUGCUAUGCUCGACCUGAAGAUGUGGGAUGUGAUGUCUGCACUGGGAGAAAGCGGAAAGCUGUCAAGUCCUGUCUGCAGUGUCUGGUCUCUUACUGUGAACAACACCUCCGGCCUCACUAUGACUCCCCUGCCUUUAAAAAACACAAACUGGUUGAUGAUUCUGCAGAUCUUCGGGAAAACAUCUGCUCUUGUCAUGAUGAGGUGAUGAAGAUUUUUUGCCGCACUGAUCAAAAGUGUAUCUGUUAUCUGUGUUCAAUGGAUGAACAUAAAGGUCACGACACAGUUUCAGCUGCAGCAGAAAUGACUGAGAGGCAGAAAGAGGUCAGGGUGAGUCAACAAGAGAUCCAGCAGAGGAUCCAGAACAGAGAGAAAGAUGUGAAGCUGCUUCAGGAGGAGGUGGAGGCUGUCAACCGCUCGGCUGAUAAAGCCGUGGAGGACAGUGAGAAGAUGUCUACAGAGCUAAUCCAUCUCAUCAAGGAAAGAAGCUCUGAUGUGAAGCAGCAGAUCAGAUCCCGGCAGAAAACUGAAGUCGGUCGGGCUAGAAUCUUUCUGGAGAAGCUGCAGCAGGAGCUAGCUGAGCUGAGGAGGAAAGACACUGAGCUGCAGAAGCUCUCACACACAGAGGACCACAUCCAGUUUCUCCAGAAAUACCCCUCACUGUCAAAUCUCACUGCCUCUAAUGUGUCAUCCAGCAUCAAAAACCGUCCAGUACGACAUUUUGAGGAUGUGACUGCAGCUGUGUCCGAGGCAAAAGGUAAACUACUGGAAAGUUACAAUAAGGAACUGAAGAAGAUCUCAAAGAAAGUGACUGAGGUGGAUGUUUUACUGCCGCAAAAUCCCAAGACGAGAGCGGAUUUUUUACACCAUGCAUGCCACAUCGAUCAUCUCACACUGGAUCCAAACACAGCAAGCGUGCAGAUGUCAUUAUCGGAAGAGAACAGAAAAGCAACACUGAUUAGUGAUGAACAGUUACAUUCUCCUCACCCGGACAGAUUUGUGACCAAGUCUCAGGUUCUGUGUAGAAAAUGUCUGAGUCGACGUUGUUACUGGGAAGUGCAGUGGAGUGGUUCAGGAGUGUCAGUAGCAGUCGCAUACAAGACUAUUUCCAGAAACGGAGAUGAGAGUAUAUUUGGAAACAAUGACAAGUCUUGGGCUUUAGAGUGUGCGGACAAAGGUGCAUAUAAUUCUAGUUAUAAUUUCAAACAUAACAGGGAGAAAACUCCCAUCUCUGGCCCUCAGUCCUUCAAAGUAGGAGUGUACCUGGAUCACAAUGCAGGUAUUCUGUCCUUCUACAGCGUCUCUGAAAGUGAAACCAUGACUCUCCUCCACAGAGUCCAGACUACGUUCACUCAGCCUCUCUAUGCUGGACUUCGUGUUUAUCGUUUUAGAUCUACAGCUGAGUUUUGUAAUAUCAAGUAG